ACCCCUCUCUCUCUCUCUCUCCCUCUCUCUCUCUCUCUCUCUCUCUUCAGUGUGUUAGUUUGAUGAAAUGGGCUCGAGAUUUUCUACAAUAUUCUUGAUUAUUCUGCAUUGCUGGGUUCUUCUAGUUUUGAGUUACGAUCAAGGGUUUUCCGAUGGUGCGUUGAAAUUACUAAAAACCCCUCAUGCAUUAUCCAAUACAAACUCCGCCAUUUUCGCUUUUCAAGUUCUUGUGGGGAGCAACGGCACCGCCACCAUUUGUACCGACUGUGCCACCAAUUGCAAGCUGGAUCACGGCAUCUUUUCAGCUUGCGAAGGUGGAAACGUUUCGUAUUCAAGAUUGUUAGACGGGCCCCACUCGUUCGAGGCGUGCACCGGCACCUCGCCCGAAAUUGCCUGCGUUACCUAUAAUUGGACUAUUGAUACAGUUAACCCCACAGCAUAUAUUACAGCUGCAACUUCCUUCACAAGUGCUUCUCUUGUUCCGGUCAACAUAUCCUUCACCGAACCAUGCGGUCGUGGUUUCACGUGUUCUUCCGUAAAUUCAUGCAACCUUCUUGUUUACGGUGCUGCUAAGGUUGUUCCGGAGACACUAACCAUUAUCGAGCCAAACUUGAAAUACUCAAUUAUUAUCCGUGUGUCUGAAAAAGUUCGAUACGGUCGUUUUAUCUUGGUAAUGGAUAAAGAUUUCUGUAGUGACUCAGCAGGAAAUCGAUUCACGAGGACAGAUAAUUCAAGUUUAUUCAUACAUUUCGAUAGAAGAAGUGUGUUUGUGAAUUUAAGAACGCACAUACCCGAAAGGCUACUUGAAAUAAAAAGCGAAACUCGAACCGUAUUAGCAACGAACAAGAACAAGAAUUUAAAAGUGUAUCUAUAUUUCACCGAACCAGUUACAAACUCAUCCUCCGAAAUCUUGAACUCACUCAACACGAAUCAAGGCUCGCUUGUCCCUAUAAACGGGAGUAGCUACGGACAACGUAGAUUCGGUUAUCAGAUUGUAAAUAUAUCAGAUUUGUCAGUUGUAACUGUUAGCCUCGAUUCGAGCUCUGUAAUAACUAGACAAGGGACCCCUGUGAGUCCAGUUUCUCCCGUGACUUUCCUCUUCGAUUCUGAAAGACCUCGUGUAAAGCUAAGCACAACGUGUACCAUGCGAACCAAAGAAAAGAGUAUUCUUAUACUAAUCAAGUUUAUGAAGCCCGUUUUCGAUUUCAACUCGUCUCACGUUUCUAUUUCGGGUGGACAUUUGCAGAGCUUCCAAGAAAUUAGCAGGAGCAGUUACAAUGUGUAUAUACAUGCAGAUAAUGACGCUAUAUCUAUUAGUAUUCCCGAAAACAUAACCACGGAUAUUUCCGGAAAUAGAAAUAAACCAUCCAACACUCUGCAAGUGAGGCACUAUUCUGUUCCCGUUGAAUCGAUGGUGCUUUCGUCUUUUGCGACAGCUGUUUUUACUGUGACAGCUUUAAUUGCCGGAUUUCUAACACUUUCAACCUCGAGUUUAUUGUCUGCUGGAGCAUAUUCUCGACCGAGUUCGAUCUUAUUAUCGGACCCCGCAAGAAAUCUUUUCAGAAUUGCUUCGCAUCUUCAAGUAUUCGCGCUUUCGAGAUGGCUAGCUGUCACUUUACCAGUCGAAUAUUACGAACUCACGAGAGGCCUACAAUGGAGUAUUCCAUACUUUAAUCUUCCAUGGGAAAAAGGAGACAUCAAUUCGUACAUGGUGGGGUCCACUUCUCCAAAGGAUCGAUUAUUCAGCCAUGAUUCCAUAUUCUUCGAGGGGCUUCAACCGCAAGUUCCGAGCAUGGGUUCGUCUUCGAAAGUUUUUGGUUUGCCUCUCACUCCUCUCGAGUACAGAUCGUAUUUCGAGAGCCAGACUAUCUUGCCAGAAGCCGAGUACAUUUUAGAUCCGCAAAAUUCACACGGGUGGCGAGAUUUCAGCAGAAGCAUGUUUUGGCUAGCAGUAAUUACUGGGAGUUUGAUAUUAUUACAUGCAUUACUAUUUAUGGUACUUAAAUUCCGAAAGAAGAACAAGGAAAAACAGAGCUACGGCGCACUUAUUUUUCCGAGAUUCGAAAUCUUCCUUCUUAUACUUUCGAUCCCCUGCUUAUGUGAAGCCUCUGCAUCUUUAAUCAAAGGAGCAUCAUCUUCCGGAACAAUAGUCGGAGUUCUGUUGCUAAGUUUAGUCACGUUCACGCUGCUUUCGUUGCUAUUAUUUCUCUCAUACGGAAUCACAUUCGGUAAAUUACUUCAAUACAAAGAAGUCCACCAAGUCGGUCAACAAUUCCACUGGUAUCAAGAAAUCAUUCGAGUCACGCUAGGCCCCGGCAAAAGAGGCCAAUGGACAUGGAAAAACGAGCCGCAUUCGAUUUAUUCCACCAUUUUAGGACCGUUGUACGAGGAUCUGAGGGGCCCACCUAAGUACAUGCUGUCGCAAAUAUCCAUCUCGAACAAAUCAUCGAGCGACAGAAUCAUUGCCUCGGACGAUGAAACGGAAGAUGCAGAGGCGCCGUGCGUACAGAAACUCUUCGGAAUUCUUAGGAUUUAUUACACGCUAAUCGAAUGCGUCAAACGAGUGAUUCUUGGAAUAUUCUGUGGGGCCUACUCGGAAACGUGGUCUUCGAAAAAACCCACAAUUGCCCUUCUCUUGGUAACUUCGUUUCAGCUCUUCUUCAUUGUUCUAAAGAAGCCAUUCAUAAAGAGGAAAGUGCAGCUGGUCGAGAUUAUCUCAGUUUCUUGCGAAUUAGUCGUUUUCGUCCUUUGCUUGGUUUUAUUGGAUCGGGAUUUUUCGCCCGAAAACGAGAGAAACAUCGGGGUCACAAUGGUCUUUUUGUUCGUAUUGUCUUUUGCAGCACAAAUGGUGAACGAGUACUACGCGAUUUUCAGACAGAUAAAAGAGCUCGACCCCAUUAAAAACUCGUUCUUGAUUGGAUUAGAAACGGCUUUAAUCGGAUUCGUCUUGUUUAUCUGUCCUCACUGUUUGAUCAAGAAUUUGAAGAAUAGGUUCCCGAUAAACAACUCCGGCGAAACGGGUAGUUCAGUUCGGAAUCGGAGCUCCGCCAGCGGCAGCCGGAGCUCCGGCGAGAAGCCGUGGCUGAGGCACAUAAGGGAGCUAGCUAGGUCUAGUUUUAGUAAAGAAGGGAGUAAACCGAACUCGAGUGAUCCUUCUACGAGUAAGACGAGAUGGAGUGGGUUUUGGAAGAGUAAGAGAAGUGGGAGUUCUUCGGCUUCGACUUCGAUGGAUUUUAAAUCGAAACCGAGGGGGUUGCAUAAGGAGUUGGAAGAUAUUUUUGCUUCUAAAUGAGGUGUCAUUUGAAUUGAAAAAUGGAGGGAAAAUAAUAUUGUAGUAUGUAUGUAUUCUGUCACAUUUAAAAUCAGAGUUAAGAAGAUCAUUCUUGUUUCUUUUUA